UCUCCAAAAAGCCCAUCUCACGGAUCUUGCCCCACUCUUCCUCUCCACUCCUAUAUAUACACACUAUCUUAUAUAACUAUUGUGCCAUAUCCUCCUUACGCAGCUCCUGCAUAAAAAGCUAGGCUUGAGAGAGAUUUCAGUCGUCCUCUUCGUUCAGACUACUGUAUUCUAAACAUAACAUUUUCAUUGGAGAACGCCAAGUUUUAACAGCACAAAUGGCUUCGUGGAAGAAAACUAUUACAACUCCAUUCAGGAAAGCUUGCACUUACUUCAACCAGCAGCCAGGAGGGAGAGAGCAGAAGAAGUCUCAGCUUCAAGGGAGUGAAAGUAGCGUGAUGGCUCUGCAUGGUGAAGUGAUGGCAUGCUCAUAUGAAGAUGUUCAGGUGAUGUGGUCUAUUCUGGACAAGUCCAAUGCCUCAGCCUGCAGCAUCACUUCUUAACAUAUAUAGAUGGCUAUGGCUAUCGAUAAUUGAGGCCAAAAUCUAUCUCAAAAAUCAUAAAAAACAAAGAAAAGAGAGAGCCCACGUCAGCAAUUAGCAAAUAUGUGCAUACAAUUUGGGUCAAAGCUAGCUGAAAGUAGAGAAAAAGAAGGGGGGAUUUGUGAGGCUUUUAAUUGUAGAAUUGCCCCCAUUACAAGAAAGGUAUUUUGUUUAGUUUGUAAUUUGUUAAAUUAACGAAUAGGCUAAUCCAUGUGAUAAACAUCACAUUGAGAUUAUUAAUGGAAAAUUUAGAUGAAGUAUUUUCAUUUUCUUCU